AUGGUUGCCAAAAAGAGUAAGGACGUUAAUGUUGAGGCACUGACGAGGGUGGCGGGUGCGAUUGGACAAGCGCCGCACGUGAAUGCUGGCAUCAGAGAAAGGGAUGAGUUACGUGCUUUUGGAGACUUCCGAAAGAUUAAUCCGCCAAUUUUUGAAGGAGGAUAUGGACCGGAUAAGGCACAAGCUUGGAUGAAAGGAAUGGAGGGGAUCUUUCAAGUUAUGAAUUGUACUGAUGUACAGAAGGUUCGGUUCGGUACUCACAUGUUAAUGAAAGGAGCUGAGGAUUGGUGGGGUAAUACCAGGGUAUUCUUGGAGAACUAUUUUCCAGAAGAUGUGCGUGGAAAGAAAGGAGUGAGAUUUCUAGAGUUGAAACGAGAAGAAGGACGAUACCGUGGGAAACCUUAUGAUGGUAGGAAGGAGCGGAAAUCUUGUUCUGGCAAGAAAACAAGUGGGGGAGACACUCCUGCUAAAGUUGUGUGUUUCAAAUAUGGACAAGCUGGUCAUAAGUGCAAUGUGUGUAAUGUUAAGCUUAAGAGGUGUUUCCGUUGUGGUAAGACAGGACACGUAAUGUCGGAUUGCAGACAUAAAGAGAUGGUUUGUUUUAACUAUGGAGAUGAAGGGCACAUUAGUGGUCAGUGUCAGAGACCCAAGAAGACGCAAGCUAGUGGCAAAGUGUUCCCUUUAGUUGAGAGCCAGAUGGAUAACGAAGACGAACGCAUUGAAGGUAAGGUUUCGUUAGUAAUACUCCUUUAUAAUAACUGA